CUGAAAUUAAAACGCCAUUUCAAAAAGUGUUCAUAAGUACUAUAUUAGGAUAGGAUAAGCAAAUUGGUGAAUCCAAAGUAUUCAAACCUUCAACUCAUGAUUUGAAGCUAUGGCACUUCAGUUUACGAGUGUUGAAAUGAGGACGAGGGCUCUUUUUUGCUUCAUGUUUUUGCUAGCGGCGCCUUUACAUGGCAGUGCAACCAGAUUGAGCAUGGAGAAUCUUGAAGUUAAGAAGCACUUGAACAGUCUGAACAAACCUCCGCUCAAGUCCAUCAAGAGCCCAGAUGGAGACAUCAUUGACUGUGUUCAUAUGUCUCAUCAACCAGCUUUUGAUCAUCCUUUACUUAAAAAUCAUACAAUUCAGAUGAGGCCGAAUUAUCAUCCAGAAGGACUAUUUAGAGACAAAAAAGUGGGCAAAAAUGUUGAAGGGUCAAAACCGAUUACUCAGUUGUGGCACGAGAAUGGGAGAUGCCCAGAGGGCACAAUUCCAAUAAGAAGAACAAAGAAAGAGGACUUAUUGAGAGCAAGUUCAAUUAAGAGUUAUGGGAAGAAAAAUCACAGAAGCGUCCCUAAACCAAAGUCUGCUGAUCCUGAACCUGACCUUAUCAACCAAAGUGGUCAUCAGCAUGCAAUAGCCUAUGUUGAAGGAGACAAAUAUUAUGGAGCAAAGGCAACAAUAAAUGUAUGGGAUCCUAAAAUUCAACAAUCAAAUGAAUUCAGCUUGUCCCAGAUUUGGAUUUUGGGUGGUUCAUUUGCCUCGGAUUUAAACAGUAUCGAGGCUGGUUGGCAGGUUAGUCCAGAUUUAUAUGGGGAUAGCAACACAAGACUUUUCACCUAUUGGACAAGUGAUUCUUAUCAAGCCACGGGCUGCUACAACUUGCUGUGUUCAGGCUUUAUUCAAAUCAAUAAUGAAAUAGCAAUGGGAGCCAGCAUCUACCCCAUUUCUGACUAUCACAGUUCACAAUAUGAUAUCAGCAUUCUUGUCUGGAAGGACCCCAAAGAGGGAAACUGGUGGAUGCAAUUUGGGGGUGAGUAUGUACUGGGAUACUGGCCAGGAUAUUUAUUUUCAUACUUAGCAGAUAGUGCAUCAAUGAUAGAAUGGGGUGGAGAAGUAGUGAACUCAGAAUCAGAUGGACAACACACCACAACACAAAUGGGGAGUGGUCAUUUUCCUGAAGAAGGAUUUGGCAAAGCCAGUUAUUUCAGGAAUGUUCAAGUAGUAGACGACUCGAACAACUUAAGGCCUCCAAAAGACAUCGACACUUUCACCGAGCAGUCAAAUUGCUACAGUGUACAACUUGGCAAGAAUAAUGAAUGGGGCAAUUUUUUCUAUUAUGGUGGCCCUGGUAGAAACCCGAAUUGUCCAUGACACUAUAUUAAGAAAUGCUUCAAAUUUCUAUGUAAAAUUCAAGUGUAGAAAUGAGGUUUCAUUGUUGGCUUUGUUCUCCAAAACCAUUCUUUUAGGAUCGAUUAGCAUAUAUAGUAAAAUGUGACUGUGUUCUUUAUGUAUUAGAAAGUUUUACUUCUAUUGAUGUUCUUCAUGCACUCCACAUUAAAGGUUGGAGAUGGGUGGUGGUAGAGGUGGUGUUGAUCUUUUAUUUAAAAUUGUUUGAUAAUAAUUCCAAAUUGGAGUGAUGGAUUAUCACUUUGAGGUGUUCUUAUA